UGACACUGUUCACGCAAUGGCGCCAUCAUUCUUUGCGUCGUUGUUCCUCCUCACGUGUGCUCUCUUCACUGGGAGCACGUUCGCGCAGCAGAAUGGAACAGCUCCCGAUGACGGAUCUCCAGCGGCCAUCUCAGCUGCGACUGUCUCCAGCACCAUCCUUGUCCUUGCACGAGACGACACAUCUGCACAAAAUGGUGCCACGUCAGGUCUCCAAGGCUAUGGGAUUCCAUUCGAAGUAAUCACUGUUCCCCAGGCCGGAAUAAGCAGUCUACCGAUCCUCAACGCAUCCGCCACACACGGAAACUACGGUGGCAUAGUUAUAGUCAGCGAGGUUGGCUACAACUACGGUGAUCAAUACUACAGUGCUCUCACGAGAGCGCAAUGGAACCAGCUUUAUAACUAUCAGACCAACUUUGGUGUGCGCAUGGUGCGCCUCGACGUUUUCCCCACAAGCGACUUCGGGGUUGUGAGUCUUGGUGGCAAUGUUAAGGAUGAGCCAGUUGUCUUCACCAACGUUACUGGGUUCUCUACUGCAGGUCUGAAAUCGGGCGCGAACGUCACAAUCGCAGGCAUCUUCCACAACCCUGCACAAAUUACCAACUCUUCAAUCGCUUGGGAGUUCGCCAAGUUCAGUAACUCGGGCACAGCUGGUGUUAUCAACCAGAUUGGCACGCGCCAACAGAUGGCAUGGUUUCUACCGUUUGCGCUGGAUUGGGCUCCAUCUUCGAACUACCUACAACAUGCAUGGAUCAAUUGGGUCACGAGAGGUCUCUAUGUUGGUUUCCGCAGGCUAUACUUCAACACGCAGGUGGAUGACAUGUUUCUGGAGACCCCGCUUUACACACCAUCUGGCCAAACAUACCGCUGCAAACCUGACGAUCUCACUGCACAUGUCGAUUGGCAGACUACACUCAAUGCGAAGAUGCCGAAAGGCUCCGAAUACUUCGUCGAAAUCGGACACAACGGAAACGGAGCUAUUGAGGCGGCAACAGACACUUCUGAAGGCCAGCGCACAUGCAGUCCGAAUACCGCUAUCGAAUAUCCCGAUCAGACCGAUGGACCUCCCGAUUAUACCAAGCCACCGGGUACGGGCAAGGACAUCUGGCCAACAACUCCGACCAAGUAUUCGUGGUCUUUGGAGUGCAAUGAAAUUGAUGAUCUCUUGAACUGGUUUGCAGAUGAAUCCAACCGUGACGCUUUCGCCCACAUCUCGCACACUUUUACUCACGAAGAUCUAACCAAUGCCACAUACGCGGAUACUUCCAAAGAGAUCUCGUUCAAUCAGGCCUGGCUGAAGCAGGUCGGACUUGAUGCUGCUGCACGCUUCAGCCCGAAGGGUAUCAUUCCUCCUGCCAUCACUGGCCUGCACAACGCGGAUGCUCUUCAGGCUUGGAAAGACAAUGGUAUCGUCAACGUUGUCGGUGAUAACACGAGACCUUUACUACUUAACACUGUGAACCGUUUUUGGCCUCUGAACACCACUGUAGCUGCCAACGGCUAUGCCGGCAUUAAUGUGAUGCCACGAUGGGCCACGGUCAUCUACUACAACUGCGAUCUUCCGGCGUGCACUCUACAGGAAUGGAUCAACACUUCUGGCGGAAAGGGCACUUUCAAUGACCUAUUGGCCAACGCACGCGACACGGCCGUACGCAACCUCUUCGGCCUACACUGGGACGCCUACAUGUUCCAUCAAGCAAACCUCCGGGUUAACGACGUCCCCCAAACCACCGUCAACGGGAAAAAGGGCCAGUUCUCCCUCCUUAUGACCUGGGUUGAAACUGUUUCCGCGGAAAUCAUGCGCCUCACAACCUGGCCCUUCAAGACCCUCAAACACGACGACCUCGCCGCAACCUUCCUCGCCCGCCAAGCCCGCGACCAGUGCCGCCCCAGUCUCACUUGGCAAACUAGCGCGGACGGCAAGGGCAUCGAAAGCGUGACAGUUUAUACCGCGGGCGGUAACAAGUGCGGUACCACGAUUCCUGUGACGUUCCCCAUCACGCCUGCGCAGUCAACGGGCGCGACGAAGGAGCAGAUUGGCACGGAUCCGCUGACGUACUGGGUCACUAUGAGCGGCGCGAGUCGGACGUACACAUUUAGCAGGGCGUUGCCCUUGUAGAUUGGGUUUGGAUUGUACGUUUAGAUAUACAAGGG